AUGAUAUUAUAAGCAAUUUUGAUAUCUAUAAGUUUAAGUUUAGAAUUGCCAGAAAAGUUAUGUAACAUCACUGUUUCAGGUAUAAGUUCAAAGUAAGCUUCGUAAUUUGAACAAUUAUUGAAUCGUAUUCGAAAUGAAGUGGCUACUGGAAGAAGAGCAAAUCAUAAAGGAUAAAUCCAAUAUGCUGCAGAUAUGCAUAUCAUCACUUGGUCUAAGGAUAUGGCUAAGAAGGCUUAAGAAUGUUGUGAUACAUGUCCUGAAUAUCCUAUUUUCUGCAGAAAUGUAAGGUUUGGUCUUCAAUAUAAAGUUGAAAGGUUUAACUUCAUUCAUGAUCCAUAAAAUUAUAGUUCAUACAUAAAAGUGGGAAUGGGAUCCAGAUUUUGUAUUAAAUGAAUGGAUGUAAUCUUUGGACUCUGCACAAUAAUUACUUUAAUCUAUGUUAUUGUAAGUAGGAUGUGGCAGAGCAUUGACUCCAAUAAAAGACAAAUUCUUAAUGUAUACAGUGUGUUUUUUCGAUUAUGUAAUAUACAUAUCAUGAGUAAGUGCAGCCAAAUAGAGUAGAUCCAUACAGGCCAGCUUCUUCAUUAAAUCCAGCUAAUUUCUGUAGAUUGGGAAGAUCUUCUAGUUAUAUUGGACUAUGUACUUCACCAUAUUCGAAGGAUAAUCAACUCAUUUGGAUUAAAUAAGAAAGCAGAUUAAUAGAAUCUGAGUGA